CUGCAGCCCUACAUCACCGUAUGGCGGAGGCCGUUUAUUGUCGGCGGUCCGUCGUGGAGGUACCCGCGCGACAACGCCGACUGCAGAUGAAUCCACGAUUUGCCGGGCUAUAUCCACGAGUUGUGCGGGUAUAGGUACGCGGCAUUCGGCCCGGGUAAAAGACUAAUAUGGGUACGCCGACCGUCCUCCGCUCGCAGUAAACUUUAGGUAGGUACCCGUCCGUGUCAUGAUACCGGCUAGGUGUAUAAUAUCUGGCCGGCGGUUCUGCGCGCUGACAUUUUUCGGUUGUCGUCCUCGCUGCGGACCGCCAUCGCGCGCUAUGUACAACGAUUAUUAUUACAUUGUACCCACGUUAUGAUAUUAUUAUGCGUAUAUAUGCUGCGUAUAGGUCACCGUGUGUGUAUACACGCUCGACGACUACAUCAUCUCGACGUGUUUAUCCCACUCGCCGCGACCGUCAUCCGUUUCGAAACCCGAGGCCGACCCACCCCGGCUUGGCCCGGUGAACGCCUAUUUAUAAGUCGGUUAAGCCUCGAAAGUCCGCGCGUACGUACACCACGCUACUAUUGCGCGGCCGAACGCCACGCGACGCGCGCCGGUUUCUCAGCGCGACGUUAUUAUACUGCAGUCGGACGCGCGGCGACGGUCGCAUUACCGCGUAGUGUACAUAGCCGUCACACAUAAGCUGCGGUAUCGCACGGACGUGACGUUUUCACGCUGUCGAGCGGGUAAAACACUCGUCGCUCGUCCCUCGGCACCCGUCGCGCGCCGUUUUUCGAUAUAUUAUAAUACACGUCAUAAACACCGCGGCCCAGCGACCGUCCGAAAUCGCACUUCCGAAAAACGACAUCGAUACGAGACGAUGUUUUAAUAAUCGGAGCUGUUGAAAAUGCACUUUAAUUAAUUAAUUAAAAAAAAAAAAAAUACAAUAAUUAAUUUUUAUAUUUGUUUUAUGAGUGUGUUUACGAAUACAUAUAUUUAAAUUACGGCGCCUCGAUUCGCGCUUGUCUGUCGUCGUCGUCGUUUGGCAGAUCGAUCGAUUUAAGAACGAAUUUGGUCGUUGUCCCCGUCGUGAGAGAUGAACAGAAACGUUCGAAAGGAUUCGGACUCCAAAGGGUUGGUGAAAAACGAAACGCCGGACGAAGAGAUCAAAGAAUACGUGAAAACCACAAUGAACGAGAUGCUCGGAUGGUACGGAUAUGAAAAAAUUAAUUCCAAAGACUGUUCAUUGCAAAGUAUGAAUUUAGUUAAGCUUAGAGAAAAAUAUCGAGGCCGUUCAAAAAGCACGGAACCAGAAACUUCGUCGGACGAAUACAAUAGUCCACAAUCGCCAACAACGUCGAACUCACCAGUACAGCAAAUGAUAUGUGGAUGGUGUGACAAAACGUUAAUAGCCAAAGCGUUUACAUUCCGCACGGCAGAAUCGGAUAACGAAAAAGUGUUUUGUUCCGAACAAUGUUUCUCGCACUACCGAAGAGCAAAUUUCAAACGAAAUAAAACAUGCGACUGGUGUAGACAUCUGAGACACACAGUUAACUGUGUAGAUUUUCAAGACGGCGAUCAUCAGCUACAAUUCUGCAGUGAUAAGUGUCUGAACCAGUAUAAGAUGAACAUCUUCUGCAAAGAAACUCAAGCCCAACUAGAGUUGCAUCCUCACCUACAAAACACGUCGCUGCCAGAAAACCUAUGUAAAACCCUGGAGCCGAACUUGCCGCUCAUUACACCCGAUCUAUGGCUACGCGACUGUCAUUCACCGCCACUUACAGACCGAUCACCAUCUCGUCAAAGACCUCAUUCCCCUCCACUGCCUGGACCGGCAGUUCCUCAGCUACGCAUAUCUAAUAAACUGUUUGAUCGUCAAACCCGAAAACGCAAGAGAACCACAGUAGAAGAUACUAUACCACCUGUAUACCCCAAAUUUCCACCACAUGCGCCAGCUUACUGUACACCACCGAUAUGUAGGUCGCCAGCAUUCACACAGUCCCAGUCAACAAGUAACAGCUUACCAACAAAUGCUGAUCCAACACCUUCGCCACUUUACCCAUUGAACUUGCCGUCAUCAUUACUACCACCACCUAUGAUAUUAGUACCAUAUCCUAUUAUGUUACCAAUACCAAUACCUAUUCCUAUUCCUAUACCUUUACCAUUUUUACAAAAAGAAUGUGAUAAAAACAGUAAUAAGGAAAAAAAUGAAAAAAAAUGAUAAUUAUGU